ACUACCCCUGAGGAAGACAAGGUGGUCCAAUCACUUCUCCUAAAGCUCGAGAACCAGGGAUGGAAACCGGUUCCGUAUGCUCCGGGAUUUGACUUCAGGAUCCGGCGUCUCCUUCCGGUUGAGGUUAUUGACGUCGCUGGACAGGCUGGGGUGUGUGAGCUGAAGUUCCCUGAAGCGUCUAAGGCUAAUGGUCGGAGUGGCCAGAACUCGCGAUAUUCUGACAAGCUUUAUAGGAGGUUGACUGAUAGCCGAAAGGCCAUCUUUUCUGGUUUGGUUCAAGAGUAUCUACAAAAGAGGUGGUGGCUUCCCACUGAGGGUAUGAACACCAAGGGCAACGACCUCACGGCUAAUGUAUUCCUAUUGGGUGGCGAAGAAGGUUCUAAGCGCAAACCUAGACUGGUUUGUGAUUUUAGACUGGCUAAUGCGUCUCUUCCCCGAGUAUCCGGUAAAGUUCCGUCGUCAUGGGAGAC